CUGGGUCCUCGCGCGCCCCGCUGUUUGGGACGCGGCUGGUGAUGACGUCAGAGAGGCGGGGCCAGGUCUGAAUGUGUGAGGGGUCGGUUUAUCGCACCAUGCCGGGCACUGACGGUAAGAACUGGCCGUGUGCUCUGUGUACAGCUUAUUACCCAGCAUUCCCUGCAACACCAUGUUAUUACCCAGCAUUCCCUGCAAUAACAUGUUAUUACCCAGCAUUCCCUGCAAUAACAUGUUAUUACCCAGCAUUCCCUGCAACAUGUUUAUUUACACCCAGCAUUCCCUGCAAUAACAUGUUAUUACCCAGCAUUCCCUGCAACACCAUGUUAUUACCCAGCAUUCCCUGCAAGAACAUGUUAUUACCCAGCAUUCCCUGCAAGAACAUGUUAUUACCCAGCAUUCCCUGCAACAUGUUUAUUUACACCCAGCAUUCCCUGCAAUAACAUGUUAUUACCCAGCAUUCCCUGCAACAUGUUUAUUUACACCCAGCAUUCCCUGCAAGAACAUGUUAUUACCCAGCAUUCCCUGCAAGAACAUGUUAUUACCCAGCAUUCCCUGCAAGAACAUGUUAUUACCCAACAUUCCUUGCAACACCAUGUUAUUACCCAGCAUUCCCUGCAACAUGUUUAUUUACACCCAGCAUUCCCUGCAAUAACAUGUUAUUACCCAGCAUUCCCUGCAAGAACAUGUUAUUACCCAGCAUUCCCUGCAAUAACAUUAUUAUUAUUAUUGCCGUUUAUAUAGCGCCAACAGAUUCCGUAGUGCUUUACAAUAUUUUGAGAGGGGGGAUGUAACUAUAAAUAGGACAAUUACAAGAAAACUUACAGGAACAAUAGGUUGAAGAGGACCCUGCUCAACGAGCUUACAGACUAUUGUACAUGUUAUUGUCCAGCAUUCAUUUGAACAUGUCUGUUCUCGGCAUUGCUCUGUGUGACGUGGAACAUGUCGGUACCUGUAAAUCCUCUCUUGUGUCAUGGAACUGGUCUGUUCCCGGCAUUGCUCUGCGUGACAUAGAAUGUGUCGGUACGCGGCAUUGCUCUGCGUGACAUAGAAUGUGUCGGUACGCGGCAUUGCUCUGCGUGACAUAGAAUGUGUCGGUAUGCGGCAUUGCUCUGCGUGACAUAGAAUGUGUCUGUACUACGCCGCACUGCUCUGCGUGACAUAGAAUGUGUUGGUACUACACGGCACUGCUCUGCGUGACAUAGAAUGUGUUGGUACGCGGCACUGCUCUGCGUGACAUAGAAUGUGUCGGUACGCGGCACUGCUCUGCGUGACAUAGAAUGUGUCGGUACGCGGCACUGCUCUGCGUGACAUAGAAUGUCGGUACGCGGCAUUGCUCUGCGUGACAUAGAAUGUGUCGGUACGCGGCAUUGCUCUGCGUGACAUAGAAUGUGUCUGGUCCCGGCAUUGCUCCGCGUGACAUAGAAUGUGUCUGGUCCCGGAGUUGCUCUGUGCAACGUGGUACGUGUUGGUGCCUGCCAUUGCUCUGCGUGACAUAGAAUGGGUCUGGUCCCGGCAUUGCUCUGCGUGACUUAGAAUGUGUCUGGUCCCGGAGUUGCUCUGUGCAACGUGGUACUUGUUGGUGCCUGCCAUUGCUCUGCAUGACACGGAAUAUCUCGGUACCUGGCAUUGCACUCCAUGAUGUGGAACAUGUCGUUGCCUGGCAUUGCUAUAUUGCUAUGUGUGACGUGAAAUGUGUUAGUUCCAGGCAUUGCUAUGCGUGACAUGGAACGUGUCUGUUUCCGGCAUUGCUCUUCACAACGUGGUACGUUCUGUACCUGGCAUUGCCACGCACAAUGUGGAACAUGUCAGUUCCUGGCAUUGCUCUGCGUGAUAUGGAACAUAUCUGUACCCAGCAUUGCUCUCCAUGACGUGGAACUUGGUUCCUGGCAUUGCUUUGAGUGAUGUGAAACGUGUUGCUACCCACAGCCCUGUAUGAGCUGUUGAUUCUGAUCUCACUAAUGGUGGGUUUAGAAUAGGUGAACGAUGUGACGUGUUGACACUAAACUCCUAAAUAUACACUUGUUUUACUUGUUAAGGUUUUCCACUAUUUUAUAGGACCUGUACAUCUGAAUGAAACUUAAUUCACAUGGCAAGUUGUGUGCUAUUGGCUGAAUGAUGGGACAGCAGUUAUCCAAUCAGACCCAAAGUGUGAUGAACAAGCUGCCGGAGAAAGUGUUAAAACAUGCGGCUUUGGUACGAGAGAGCGGCUUUCUAACAUACGAGGAAUUCCUGGGAAGAGUUGCUGAGCUAAAUGAUGUGUAAGGUUAUAUUUUUCAGUGAGUUUGAGCUGUGAUGUCAUUAAUGUGUACAUUUAUUCACUAUGUUGAAAACCAUUAGUACACAAGAAACAGUUUCACAUUUUAGGCCAAAAUUGCAGAUUGAUAAUAUUUUCCAACAAUUUUUUUUUUCUACUUUCCCAUGCUUGUCUAGAAUUAGCAAUUCCAUGGUCAAUUUCCACAAAUUAUUUGCUAAUUAACUGUGAUCAUGUUUACCAACAAGCAGAAAUUCCAUUCAGAGCAACCCUCCAAGCACCAUAACCACUGAAGCACACUGUAUGCACCACUGGGCUUUGAGUCCGACUUUCGGCAAACAGAGAACUGUAAGGAUGUAGUGGAGGAGAAGAGCUGACUCCAGCUAAGAAAUCUAACCGUUCUAAAACAGUUUGACUACUUACAUUGGGGGGCACUAGGGCACUCAUGGCACCAUAAUCACUGCUACUCACCAAAUACUGGAUUAAUACAUUUAGUCUAUUCGUUAGUAACAGUGUUUGAAUUGCAGGAAUUCAAAACAAAGUCAGCUUCUCCCUAGAUUUUGGGAGCGGUGGGCCUUGGGGCUGGUCUCGUGGGGUGCUGGAUUUUGGGUGGCGGUUUUGGUAACUCGACAUACUGUCCCUGACCACAAUUGAUGCUACUGAAUUAUCUGCUGUUUGACUUGUAAUAUUGUCUCGCAAAUAUUUUCCCAAAUUAAAAACAUAUUUAUCUCCUAUUAAAGUCAACUCUGUUUUCAGUUCUGCUGUUUUGCUCUAAAAUUUUUAAUUCACUUUGAAUUCACAGUAAUAACCAUAAGGAGUUUAUUCAUUAAAAUUGGCAGACCUAUUGUGUCAGUAGGUAAGGUGCAAUCUGCAACAUUUUCAAUACUGGUAGUUGUCUUAUACAUAAGUAACUGGCCACAGUGAUACAUUAUGCUAGACUAGGAGUAGUCAACUUUUCAAUACCUACCUUAUCACCCGCCUGUACCGCAUGAACUCAAUUUUUGUAUAGUCUGUUUUGAAUGUACUGUACUGGAAUACCCAGUUUAGUAAAUAAGUUCCCUGUAUAUUAAUAAACAUAGCACAUAUAUUAGCACCAUACACAGAAUUAUUGGUGUCCCUUACUUUUUUUUUUUUGCUGCUUAAAGUGACUUUUUAUUUUGUAUAAUUUUUGUAUUUGUGUAGCUCUCGUAUUUCUAGCAUAUUUUCCUUGUUUAUUUUUUUACAGCUGACGAUAUUUAGAGGAUUUUGUUUACGCUGUUGCAGGGUGUAGGGCUGAUUGCGUAUUGGAGUCAUGUUACUGGAUAUGGGCUGAGUUUUGGUCAAGGUAUGUGUUUGGUACAGUUAAUUCCAUGUUUUUUUUUUUUCUUUUUCCAGGACUGCAAAGCUGGCUUCGGGACAGGACAAACAUCUCCUGUUUGAAGUGCAGCCAGGCUCGGAUUCCUCAGCUCUGUGGAAAGUUGUUGUGCGUGUUUUGUGUACGAAGGUGGGUAUUGCUGAGUUUUGUGUGCAUUUUGUGUAUGAAGUGUGUACGGGUGUUGCUGAGCAUUGUAGACUUUAAAUGACAAUGUCCCACUGAUAUUGCAUGAGCCGCCAUUUUUGCAACAAUGAGACCUACGCCCAGCUGCUCUCAGUUCUGUCUGCAGCAAAUUAAAGGGACACUAUAGUCACCAACUUAAUCUAGUUGUUCUGGUGUGUGUAGUAUGUCCCUGCAGGCUUUCACAAAAGUCUGAAUUCUAGCAAAAUAUCCCAAAUGGCAAAAUUGAGGCAGAAAUAACCACGAUGUGACUAGAGGAGUUAGAUAAUUUUUCCAUAUCUGCUAUUUGUUUCCUCCAUUUUUCCAUUCAGAUUUAAUUUGUGAAAGUUAAGAGUUUAGCAAAUAGCCGUUUAUGUCCAGGACUCUUGGCAGGGGCCCCAAUCUUUGUAAAUGGAAUUAUUUAGUGUCAGGACAAGUUGGGCUACUGCUUUAGACCAUUGGACAAGUAGAUUUAAAAAAAAAAAAAACACAACCCUGUAUAUGUAGUAUGUGUGUGGAGAUUUUGUGGGUUUUUUUCUUUCCUUUUUUGCAUUAAACUAACUUCUGAAGCAAUAGUUUACUUAUUUUUUGGUAGUGGAAGAAAGGCAUUAAAGACUCACAGCAGGUUAAUCUUUUACAGAUGGAAAACUAGAGGAUAUGGUACAGCUUAUUAUAGAUGUUGAGAUGGGUGCAGUUUUUUCAUACUGUUUUCAAAUGGUUUUAAAAAAAAUCAGUUUUUGCUUUUCUAAGACCCAAAGCCUGGCUGUGAUAGAAUGUGAUCCACACCCUGCACUCAUGGGCCGUUGGUGUUCACAUUUAAGAUGCAGAACUUGUAUGGAUAAUGGUGGAACUGAUAUAUCUGUAUUAUAUUUAAAGAAGCAUAAGGGACAGGACCAUAACCACUGCAAUGCGCUGUAAUGCUUAAGGUGCUUAUCAUGUCUGUUCAUUCUAGUGAAGCUGUGAGAGCAAUCUACACGUUUAGAAUUGUUUAACGUAGUGGGGAUCACACUGAUGUUUUAAUGUAUAUAUUAUUUCCAUUCUGCAGAUUAAUAAGGUCACCGGCAUUGUGGAAGUGUCCAGGAUCAUGAAUCUCUACCAGUUUAUCCAGCUCUAUAAAGAUAUCACGAGUCAUGCUACCGGAGCUUUUUCCCAGGACAGCUGUGGUGCCGCCGCAGAGGAUAAUGCUGAAAGUUUCUCCUCCGUGUCUUCAUGUCAAGCCAGCAUUCUAAUGGGAAAGUAUGUCCUCUCUUUAAAGGGAAACUUCACUGCCCAAAAAUAAAAAUCACUGUUUAGUAGAUAUAACACAAAUGAAAACAUGCAUGUGCAUUUAGUUAUGCAUUUUUUUUCCAUUGGGAUUAUAUUUAAAAACAACUCAGCUUUCUUGUCUGCAGCAUUUGCAAGCCCUCCCCUUCUAACCCUGCCCAGACUUUCUGUGGCUGUCCAAUCACAUAUUUCCCAAUGCAGCUCAAUGAGAAGGUAGGUGCUAUGGGCAUUUGCUGCCUCUUGAGUUUAGCUCCACUGAGCUAACCAAACUAGGAAGUAACAGGACUGUUUGUUUGAUUGACAGCCAUGGGGGUGUAACAAGGUUAAUUUAUAAAAGCGCUAAUUUCUAUUGAAUCUGCACUUUUUGUGAAAUGAAAAAAGAGGACACAUUUUUCACACAUAAAGCUUUUCAGCAAGAUAAAGUGCUCUAUGCAUACAACAAAAAGAAUACAGGUUUAGGAUAUUGUAGUUCCAAAAACAAAAGAAAACAAAACUCACUUUUUUGCAGCAAGUUCAGCAACAUUGUCUCAAAGACAGUGUAAUAACAUAUAGCAAAACUAUAGGCACAAGAUUUCAUUUCUCACAGCAUAUUAAAAAAUUGUUGAUAACAGCACCUAAGUGCAAAAGCAUUUCAUGAAGAACAAUAAGUGACAACCCUUUCCGGUAUGACCCCUUUAAAGGUCUGAAGUGUCCCUUUAACUGCUGCCAUGAGUGUGCAUGUUUCAAUCUUCACUCAGUGAUACAUUUUCUAGGCACUGUGUAUUUAUUUUUAUAAUAGUAACCAUUAGUAAUUCCAGUAUUUAGAUUUACAGUUUCCAUGCUCUUCCCCGUCAUUAUGCGGUCAUGAUGCAGGAAAGUGCAUUUUGACUGCUACCUGUUUAUGUUUGAUUUUUCAUUUAUUAUCUUCUUCUUUUUUUUUUUUUUUUUUAUAGUAGAGACAGGAAGGGCCUUCACGGGAGACUCUCUGAUGACAGUGGUUUUGGCAAACACUAGUAUUUUGGGGGAGAGCGCAAAAGGGAAAUAAAUCAGUCGUUCUGAAUAUUUUGUUAUAUGUUUACAAGUCCUGAUAUGAUAAUGUUCUUUAUAAGAUGUUUCAUCUGAUACGGCUGGAUUCUGGCCUUUAUAGUGCACACCUGCAGUUCCUGGACAUAGUGUCCACAUUGCGCACUCUGCUAACCUGCAUUGAUCUUUACACACGGCCAAUGGUAAAUGUUCUUUUCCUGUUUUGGUUUGAAAGGAAGGACAGCAAAUACAACAGGCAGUUAGUCUCGUCAAGAGGUUCUGCAAGUGCUACAUUACUAUGAGAAGAGGUUGUGUGUCUGCCAGUUCUUUUAGCAGGUGUUGUAAUAAGAACAUUAGUCCCAUGAUAAACAUUCAUGGGAAAUUUCAAGAUGAACCUUUUGAGUUUUGUAUGUUUGAAAUUGGACGUGGGUUUCCUUGUUAAAUAUUUUCUUUCUGUGUUUUAGGGUGAAACAACUGACUGAUGACGAAGAGUGCUGUAUAUGUAUGGACGGUCGAGCAGACGUGAUCCUGCCUUGCGCACACAGCUUUUGUCAGAAAUGCAUUGAUAAAUGGUGAGAGUUAGUACCCCCACACUAUGCUAUGCUCCAAAUACAGUGUUUGUUUCCCAUUUAGGUUGGGCCCGCUUUACCUGCUGUUCCUGUAUUUCAAACAUGUGUUGUAAGAAUUGCUUGUCUUGUUUUUACCUGUUGCACAAUGCUGUGGAAUAUGUUGAUGAUUUAUUGUAAUUACAAAAAGAGCUUUCAACAUUCCUGGGCCACUUGAAUGUAUACUUUAAUAACCCUUGCUUGUUCUGUUGAAGGUUUUAUUGGGGUUUGAUAACGAGCCCAAGUAAAUCAAAUUAUUCUACCUUUUCAAUCUUAGCUGCCCAGUUCAAGCUUGAUGUUCCUAUUAUUCGUUGGGAUCUGUGAAAAAGUAAUGAAAGUUAAAGGGAAUGGGCCCUUGAGUCUUGAUUGUAAUAUUAUGGGUAGUGGACAUCAUGUUCUGACCUGCUCUACACAAUAUCCUGAAAUAUAGACAAAAAGGUAACCUGAACAAUAUGAAUGUAGAAUCUGGUGGUAGAAAAUCCUUUUGGAAAUCUUUUAUUUUUAAAUAUGAAAAAGCUUUGGGCGAACCCUUUUAUAGUCCUGGAUCAGUGUUAAAACCCAUCCCUGUGACAUUAGUUCAUGCUAAGCAUAAUCAGUAAAAAUGUGAAGCCCUCGUUUCUAAGCGGAAAACUACCAGAUUUAAUGGUAAAAAAAAUGAAAGGAAACAGUCUGUUGAACUUUGAUCCAAACUAGACAGUUUGAGAAUGUAUUUUGACAAUUCCUUUUCCUGGAUAAUUCCAUCAACCUUUAACUCUUCCACCCUCAUCCUCCUCCACCUCUAUUAAAACCCAAAUAACAUCAACAUUAAAGUGUUAUUUCCCAAUAAUGACCCACGAGGAACCCAGUAAUAUAAACCCGUCUGCUGUGUUUAGUUGAUAAGGAGGUGCCAGGUAAAAAACUCUGCCAUUGCAUUCCAGUAUUACCCCUGCUGUCAUGUCUGCCUCUAGGGAUUUGAAAAGGAUGGUGCUUCCUCUGAAAGGAAAUUAUGACUUUCUGUUUGUUUUCUAAAGAGAAUCAGAUUCAUAUUCCCACUCAUGCAUGCCAAAAGAUUUAAGUGUUUUGUUGCAUCUUGCCAGUCUUGUGGUGAAAAUUCUGACACUUUGGUGAAGAUUGAUGCUUUUUAUGAUCUCAUAAACCUGUAAGCUGAGAUCUGGCCACUUAAUAGUAUUCACUGACAGAUGGGACCCUCUGGAGAAAAUCUUUUAGGAGUGCUAGACUCUGUACACACCGAGCAAAAUGUUCCAUUAGCACAUCAGGACAGACCAGACCCAAAGUUGAAGGCGCGUCUCCUAAAGCAACACUGGACCUAUGUACAUUUAAGCCUGUGAAGUGUCUUAUCCAUAAAGAAAUGGCACCCCUCUACACACAGGGAGCUAGAUUCCAAGCCUGUAUUAAAGCGACUGUCACCAUCUGGAGUCUUGGCAUAUUUUGCAAAGACCACCAAUAGUGAUUGCUCCUCUUGCAAUGCUGUGGCCGCAGAGUGCAGGGAAUACUGCGUUUUACUUACCUGAACCACUCUGUUCCUAAUAAUUCGGGCCUCACAGGGAAAUGACUACACAAUAACAGUGAGCAAAAAAACAUAUGGUUAUCGUUUUGUGUUUAAGGUUUUAGUAAAACAUUUCCAUCAAUGCUUCCUGUCUCUCGGUCAGUUUAUCUGCUUGGCCUAUCAGUGUAAAUAUUUGUGCCUGGGUGUAACUCGGAUGGGGGAGGGUAGUCGAGGGUGCCUUGGUAAUCUCUGGUUUGUAAAUGUCUUCGCAGGUGAAUUGAUACUUUUUUCAUGAAAAGUUUUAAUUAGAAAUAAUUUGAAAAGUGUAAUUCAGAAACAAUUAUACAAAAGUACAAACCAUAUCAGCAUAUUUACAUUUCACAAUUAUUUUUUUAUCUCUUCUUGCAAGGAGUGACCGGAAUCGCAAUUGUCCUAUUUGUCGGCUACAAGUGACCGGAAUGAAUGAUUCAUGGGUGGUUUCGGACGCCCCUACCGAUGAAGAUGUGGCUAGCUACAUACUGAAUUUAGCUGAUGAAGUCGGGCAGCCACAUGACACGUUCUUGUGAGCACUGCAUUGUGGGCAGGCUAUCCAUUCCCAAUAACAUGGUCUGUGUUCUCAGAAUGUAACAAUCUGUGUAUUGUAUUCGUGUUAAAUCUCCUACAGACUCUCAGAUGUUAGGGUGUAAAUAGAACUCAACAUGUCAGCAAUACAUUAUUAUGUUACUGAUUUAUAUGAAUUCUCUUUGAAUCCUGGAGAAAUUAACUGUUUGAAUUCUUCCAUUCCGCUAACACUGUAAGAGACGUACUACUAUGUUAAAAAAAAUUUUGGGGGAAGGGAUUUUUUGUUUUGUUGUUUUUCUAAUAAUUUUACUUCUUUUUGGCUAAUUUGUAAAUUUAUAGUUAUUUGGGAUGGAUUCCUUUGUACUGUGUUAAUCUUUGUUGUUACCCCAUUUGGGGCUCCCUGUAAGUAAUAGUGGAUUAAAGCACAUAUAUCCCUUUGUCUUACAACUGCUUAAAAUGUUAAUAAUCCCUUUGUUGUGCUUUGUUUUAGGUAUUAAUACAGCUGGGUUUGACUGCUCUACUAGUUUCUCAUUGUUGGGGGCCUUUAAUGCAGUUGGUUUGACUGCUCUACUAGUUUCUCAUUGUUGGGGCCUUUAAUGCAGUUGGUUUGAUGGUUCUGUCAGUUUCCCAGUGUUGGGGGCCUUUAAUGCACUUCGAUAGUUCUGUCAAUUUCUCAGUGUUGGGGGGCCUUUAAUGCAGCUGGUUUGACGAUUCUGUCAGGAUCCCAUUGUUGGGGGCCUUUAAUGCAGUUGGUUUGACGGCUCUGUCAGUUUCCCAUUGUUGGGGGCCUUUAAUGCAGUUGGUUUGAUGGUUCUGUCGGUUUCUUAUUGUUGGGGCCUCUAAUUCAGCUGGUUUGACGAUUCUGUCAGUUUCCCAUUGUUGGGGGCCUUUAAUGUAGUUGGUUUGAUGGGUCUGUCAGUUUCUCAUUGUUGGGGGCCUUUAAUGCAGUUGGUUUGACGGUUCUGUCAGUUUCUCAGUGUUGGGGGCCUUUAAUGCAGUUGGUUUGAUGGUUCUGUCAGUUUCUCAUUGUUCUGGGCCUUUAAUCCAGUUGGUUUUAUGGUUCUGUUAUUUUCUCAUUGUUGGGGGCCUUUAAUGCAGUUGGUUUGAUGGUUGUCAGUUCUCAGUGUUGGGGCCUUUAAUGCACUGGGUGUGGUGGCUCUUUUUUGCAGUCAUAUUUGGGGGUAUUCUAAGAACCUCUACUUUCAGGGCUACACUGACAUGCCCAAUAUUCUCAUCCAGUCAAUGACUAAAUUACAUCCUGACCCCUUGGAGAUGUUGGGAAAUGGAGAAAACAUCAUCUCUCUAUCACUAAGGUUAUAGUGUACCCUAGACUAUAAUGUCGCCAUGUCACUUGGGAUUGUGGAAAUUGCUUCUGCUGCUGUGGACAUGCUAUUUAUAGCCCUUACUACUAGGCCAGUGCCGUAACCAUAGUAGAAAAGUCCAAGCAGAAUUUAGUCCAUUCUUAAAGGGUUUCUCCAACCCUGUUUCAUGGUUAGAAAGAUACUCUAUUGGCAUUAUUCUGUAUGUCCCGCUGUACAAAAAUGCUCAAAGAGCUCUUUAACGGGUGAAGCUCCCCUGCGCUGCUCGGUGUAUCCUCGUCUUACAGGAGCCGUGCCAAGGUCCAAUCAAAUAAUUUUCAUAGACAAGGCUUUGAUUGGACCAUUUUCCCAGCUCAUGACACAUACGUGCGCUCUGAGGGGAAGUGGGAGAAAGGUAAAGAGGAAGAGAUUGGAGGGCGGGGAAUUUAAAAUAAUAGCGCACUGAAUUGGGAGGAAUGAGGUUUUUACUCAGUGUGGGAAGUAGGUAGGGGAGACGAGCUUCCACAUGCAGUGCCUGCUGGCGACCAACAUAAAAUAUGCACAGAAUUGACAUUAGGCAACGUGAAACAGAGUUCUAGACAUGUGUGAUAAGAGGAGCAAGUAACCCUGGCACACAAUGAGGAAAUCAAGUAGAAACACUGCACAUCCAGACUCCUACCACCAUGACCACUUCAAAAAGCAGAAGUGGUUGGAUUAACCCUUUCAACAGAUUGAUUUGGGCAAUAAAAAAUGUGCUUCCUAUAGAAGCUGUUAUCUAGCCUGGGUACAUAGAAGGAAGGUGGCUGAUCCCGUGGCCAGGAUGGUCUCUGAUUUCUGUGUUGCUGCAGGUAAAGCAGACCCACAUGACUGUGCUCAGGGAUGCAGAGAUCCAAUUACUUGGCAAUAUCAGUGCCCAAAGGAUAAAGACUUUCGCAAUAGUAUGACUUAACGAAUUGGACAAGCACUGCUUGACAAUCAAUCAAAAACUGUCCUUGUGAAAACUCUGGAAGAGUUUUGGGGGGGGGGGGGGAAGUGCUAAAUUAUGGGAAUUUAUCAGAAUUGGGAUGUUCUUUCUGAUGAUCCGUAAUGAUUUCCACUUGUAAACAUGCCGCACAGGCUCUGUAAUGAUCCUUAUUAACACUCCUUCCUUUCUCUUACACAUGGAUAUAAUUUGCUUUAAUAAAUGGUAUAUGAAUACAUGUAUACACACAUUCCCAAUAUACAGAUGUGUAAUAUCUACUUUUCAUGAUUUAACAUUUUUUUUUUUUUAAAAUGCCCCAUUUGUAGCAGCUCUGAAAGAGCAUAUUUCCUCUGCACUCCCAAAAUGCAUUGCAGUUAUAUGCAAAUAAGUAUACUUAAAUGUCUCACUUUAGAUUUGCUGCCUAUAUUUUUGUAGGUUUCCCUUGUAGCAGAAUUAAACUCUUGGUUAGUUAUAAAAGCUUUCCGAACCAAGUGAACAGCUAGUUAUCUGUAACAAUAAAUAACCUGGGAUAACCACGAUUUCAGAGAAUGCAAGUAAUAGGCUGUAUGGAGAAACAUGGAAAACAACUGGCUAGGAUUUAAAGCAGCGUUAUUUACACAUUUUCAUUUUACGGGUCACUCCAAGUACCCUGGGUUUAAUAAAAUCCCAACUGCUUUACACUGUGCAGCACAGGUACAAUGCCGAGGUUUUAUUUUCAUUUUUAAGGAAAUUAUAAUGAUUAACUUUUUAAACUAAUAUUCCAUCCAUUGCAGCCACGUGUCGCAUGCAUGUGUUUUAGUAAAUUUAGAUUUCACCAAUUUAGAGAUAUUUUAAAUAUUUUGUACAUAAAUAUAAUGUCUCAUCUGAUUAGCCAGAAGGACAUAGAAUUUCGGUGAAAAUGAGAAUCCCAGUAAAAGGGCAGUUAAUGAAAAAGGUUUUUGGGAGACAGUCACCCUUGGAAAUGCAGAGCUCUGCAUUGUGCCAUACCGGCAAUUCAAGGAUUAAAUCUAUUGUGUAAGUGGACGGGGCUGAAACCCCAAAAGGUAGGCACUAGUCUUUUGCCUAGGAGAGGUUUACAAAUCGUUUUACCCCUGGAACGUAAAGGGAAUGUAUAUAUCUUAGACUAAAGGCAGAUCCCCCAACUGCAGUAUUGCUACAGCUCCCGUUGAUGUUUUACCAGUUUUAAGGCUUUCAAACUAUCAUGGAAUUUUUGUUUCUGAGCAGGGAUGGAGAGCAGCAUUUGGGCUUUUCUGGUUUAGGGUGUUAUUGGACUAUUAGCUUAGAUUUGUAAGGGAUAUUACACAAUAAUUCUUGUUAAUUUCAGUGUUUUUGCUUUACUUUUUUUGCUGUUCCCAAUUUUUUGUUUCUUAUGGGUGAAACCCUGUCCCCUGCAUGUCACUUGUUUCGUCCCAGAGCACUUGUUAUGUCACAGUUACUGUUUGAAGGAACACUUGUUUAUUAAUUUAAUGUACUUAAUGCACUUUAAUGGAAACCUACGUUUACCCUGGAUUCGUACCACGAGCGUGUCUACCGCUCUCUGUUCCCACGGGUAGAGCAUAUUUGUAAUGCAGACUACUGGCACAUUGCUUUGUUUUGAGAAGAAACCAAUCUGGUUCAGAGAAAAUCUCAUAAAGCAUUAAAUUGCAAUAUUUAAUGAGUUUGCAGAAGGUCUUGGUGUAUUUUGAAUUGUGUGAUAAAUAAAAAUAUUUUGAAACAAA